CUGUGCAGGAGGAGAGGCAAAGGAGCAGGGAGAGGAGUGAGAACGAGGCUGAAUCCACAAGCAGUGGCAGUGAGGACAUGCCCGUGGAGAGGAUCCUGGAAGCUGAGCUGGCAGUCGAACCCAAGACGGAGGCGUACAGCGACAUGAACACAGAGAGCUCGACAAAUGACCCUGUCACCAACAUAUGCCAUGCGGCUGACAAGCAGCUCUUCACGCUCGUCGAGUGGGCCAAGCGAAUCCCACACUUCUCCGACCUGACGCUGGAAGACCAAGUCAUUCUCCUGCGAGCAGGCUGGAACGAGCUGCUCAUUGCCUCUUUCUCCCACCGCUCCGUGUCAGUGCAAGACGGCAUCCUUCUGGCCACGGGCUUGCACGUGCACCGCAGCAGUGCUCACAGUGCUGGUGUGGGCUCCAUCUUCGACAGGGUUUUGACAGAGCUGGUGUCCAAAAUGAAAGACAUGCAGAUGGAUAAGUCGGAGCUGGGAUGCCUGCGAGCCAUUGUCCUGUUCAACCCAGAUGCUAAGGGUUUGUCCAGCCCCUCAGAAGUGGAAUCGCUGCGGGAGAAGGUCUAUGCCACGCUGGAAGCCUACACGAAGCAAAAGUACCCCGAGCAGCCAGGGCGGUGAGUCCGGUGUCUCCUGCAUUUCUCCCCUCCGGGUUUGCCCAACCCCCCCCGGCCCCUGCCAGCGCUGCGGUCCAUCGGGCUGAAGUGCCUGGAGCACCUCUUCUUCUUCAAGCUGAUUGGGGACACCCCCAUCGACACCUUCCUCAUGGAGAUGCUGGAGACACCCCUUCAGGUCACUUGA